AUGUCCACCACAGCCACUAUCACAACCACAACCACGACCACCACCGCGGAGCCUCCCAAAAGCCAAGUCUACGGCCAAGGCCAAAACCGCAUGCUUCUCGACGGCAAAUCCACCAACUACGGCGACUUCCGCGAUGCACUUAACCGCGAUGGCUACGCCGUCAUCAAGGGAGCCAUCCCACUCGAUCGGGCUAAAGGAUACGCGGAUGCGUUCUACUCUAACCUCGGCUACAACCGACACGACCCCAGCACCGUCCGACGGGCCAAACUCCCCGUGCUGAAUGAAAAGGGUAUGAUACUCGACUACGGCGUAACACAUGAGCAGUGGGUGUGGGAUAUUCGUGGUGAGGAAGGGGUAGUGGAUGCGUUUAAGAAAGUGUAUGAUGAUGAGGAUUUAAUUGUUUCGUUUGAUGUGGUGAAUGUGGGGUUUGCUAAUCGGGAAGAUCUGCCUGAGAACAAACCCUGGCCCCACCAAGACCAAGACCCCUCUAAACCAGGCUUCAGAUGCCUCCAAGGCCUCGUCAACCUCCUCCCCAACGGCCCCAACGACGGCGGCCUAAUCGUCUGCAAAGGCGGGCACGCGCUCUCCGCCCAAUUCCACACCGAAAUGGCGCACGAAGAGCGCAUUCCCGCCUGGACGACCGAAUGGUUCGGGUUUACCGAUGCGGGGAUGAAGUGGCUCGCGGACCACGGACUCAAAUGGGAGAAGGUAUGUGCUGAGCCUGGCGACUUGAUCGUCUGGGAUAGUCGCACGCCGCACUAUAAUGUGCCCCCGACGGGUGGACAGGAUCGGUUUGCGGUUUAUACCUGCUUUAUGCCGGUGAGGGAGGUUGAGAAGGAGGAUUUGGUUAGGAAGAAGGGGGCUUUUGAGAGUCGGUUGGGAACAACGCAUUGGCCGCAUGCCAAACAUGUCGCGAAGACCAAUAUUGCUAUGAGGGAUGGGGAGCCUUGUCCGGUGGCGAGGGAGAGACCGGUGCAGGAGCCGGUGUUGAGUGAGAGGGUGUUCAAGUUGACGGGGAUUCCGUAUUUGGAGAGGAUGGAGGGGGGUGCUGCUGAGGUUGCUGCUUAG